AUGUCCACAACACUAGACCAACAAAAAGAGGCCGCCUACACCCUUCUCUCUGGUAUGCUCACAAGCGUUCUACAAAAAGAGUGGAAAAUAACAGACCGCCAUUCGGCACAGUCCGCCCUCCUCGACGCACUACUCCCCAAGCCAACCCCCGCCCCAAUCCCAGCCCCAACUCCCAUCGCCCCCAUUAAGAUCCAGAAACAAAGCAUCUUCCGCCUAGGCAGCCGCACAUUCGACCUCGGCCCCGAACGCGACUCCUCCGCCAGUUCCUCCGACGAUGAUGAUGAUGUUGCUCCGAUCCGGAAUGCGCGUCAGCUUAAGAGUGAGAUGCGCAGGGUUAAUGCGAUUCAGAGGCGUGCGAAGAGGAGGGCGGAGAGGGGGAGGAGGAGGAUUGAGAUGCAUCUUGGGAGGAUGGAGGGGGUAGUGGAAUUUGAGACUGAGACCAAGACUUUGGAGACUACGAGGAGUGUUGCGGAGACCCCGGUGAGGAUGGUGAAGGAGUUGGAGGACUACAAUAGUCCUGCGAGGAGGAGUCUGCUUAGCGAUAAGCUCAUGUCGCCUCGAAGUGCGUCGUUCAGUCCGGUGUCCAGCGAGGCCAACCGCGAGGUUGAGGGAUACGACAGUGUCGACAGCCCCAUAUCGGAACCCGUACAGGUACCCGGACGACUACAGCGCAAGGGGCCGAAUAUCAAGUUCGUCAAGCCGGCUUCCAGCCAGCGACGCGGCCUCGCUCAAAAAGAUUACCUAGGCCGACCACAGCGCCACUGCAGCGACUGCGACCGUACGUUACUGGCCUCGCACUGGACAUGCCACGUCAAAGGCCGAAUGCAUCAAUACAACGCAGCUCGGGACAAGCAAUCCCCUCCGGUGCAGGGCAUCAAGACUAGACAAGAGUAUAUGCGCGGCUUGAAGCAGUAUUGCGUGUACUGUGACCGUCAGGUCCAUUCGAGGGGCUGGGGCGGCCAUUUGAAGGCGCGAGCGCAUUUAGAGAAUGUUGCGAAGGUGAAGGCGAAAGAAGAGGAAGAGAGUGUUCGGCUUCACGCUCCGACACCGGAGUCCGUUGUGCUGUCUGUGGAAGUGGAAGAGGAAGAGCGGAAAGAAGAAGAGGAGGAGUAUGAAGAUGAUGGGUUCGGAGAAGAAGGAUACGAAUAUGGUCACUAUUGCGAUGACUGCGAGGUCACAUUCGCUGGUGCGAACUGGGCGCGGCAUUUGACUUCGGCAGGCCACGUGUUUAAUGUCAUUAAAAACUCUCCGGGGGAUGAGGAUAUGACGUCUGAUGAUGAGGAGGAAGAAGAAGAAGAGGAGGAGGAAAGCAUGGCUGACUACGAUUCCGCCACUGAUGGGGAGAGCAUCGUGUAUGAUGAUGCUACGGAUGAGGAUUCUGCGUCGCCGUCGCCAUCACUGUCGCCCGCGCCUAUGUCCGUUUCCAAUGAGGAAAUCACAUUCCCUCACGACGGGACACCGGUUGCCGAUCUCGCAUCGCCCCCCUCCCUCACAUCUUCCCCCACCUCCCCCGCUUCCCUCGCUUCCUCGCCUCCUUUCUCUCCCGCUAGUGAUGAAUUUACUUCGGGAGUAAAUUUCUACUGCGAGACCUGCAGGGUCACCAUCUUGUCUGCGGAUCCCUGGGAGAUUGAUGAGCAUGUGGCUGAUCACGCAUAUGCAGCCUGCGAGAAGGAAGAGGUGGUGGGGAUGGAUUGGUUGAGCCAGCUGAGGGAGGCUGCUGGGUGGGUGAAGGAUGUGGAGGUGGAGGUGGAGGAUAUGGAGGGGGUAGAGGGAGUAGAGCAGGGUGGCAUGGAAUGUGAAUACAAUGGGUGGGCAUGGAAGAUGGGAACGGAUGGCAAGGUGCUUGGGAGUAUACGACGUAGUCCGUCUUGUUAG